AAUCAGCUGUUGGUGUAAACAAACUAAGCCCCCACCACCAUCGUUUGUACAACGUUUGUCAAAAAUCUCAAAGUGGAUUUUCCGACUUUGUCAUUUUUCCGUCAUGGGGACGUGUCUUGUUCGAAACUCAACAAUUCGGUGUUGUUUUAGGCGUUCUUACAGUUUCACUAACGCUGAAGCAAUACCGUCACAUGCCAAAGUAGUAAUAUGUGGUGGAGGAGUUCAAGGUGCUGCUCUAGGUUACUUUUUGGCCCAGCAUGGUUGGGGCCAAGACACUCUCAUUCUGGAUCAAGGAAAAAUUGGACGGGCCACUCCCUGGCACAUGUCAGGACUGAUUGGAAUCUUCAAGCCCACCUCAACAGAAACUAGAAUAACUGAAGAGAGUAUCAAACUUUAUGAUGAACUGGCCAGAAUGGGCUAUGACACAGGAUUUAAGCAAUGUGGAUCUUUACUUUUGGCUCGCACCAGAGAUCGGAUGACCCAUUUCAGGAGAAUGAAAUCUCAUGCAGUUUGUCGCAAGAUUGAGUGUUACCUGCUCACCAAUGAAGAGAUUGCCAAGAGGUAUCCAUACAUCAACACUCAAGAUCUUCAGGGCGGCCUAUGGAUACCGAUCGACGCUGUUGCCGACCCACACAAAAUAUGCGAGAGUUUGGCCGCAUUAGCUGCCGCAAAGGGUGUCCGUAUGUUCGAGCACAUCCAAGUGAACCGAGUGCUUACCAGCCAAAACAAGGUCGCUGCUGUCGAAACCGACCGAGGCACUAUCAAAUGCGAUUUCUUUGUUAAUUGUGCCGGAUUUUGGGCACGAUCGCUGGGCAAGAAAACUGAACCGCUAGUCAAAGUUCCCGUCCAGGCAGUCGAGCACUAUUACCUUCACACGAAGCCCGUCAAAGACAUUGAUGAAAACAUGCCCGUCGUUCGCGAUCUUGACGGUCACGUCUACUUCCGAGUACAAAACGGUUGUGUCCUGGCAGGCGGAUUCGAACCUUUGGCCAAACCUGUAUUUGAAGACGGUGCACUGCCUCUUUCAGUCGAAGACAGUCGAUUGGAAGUAGACUGGGAUCAUUUCGCACCAAUGCUGGAACAAAUGGUUCAACGAGUUCCCCUUAUGCGAAACGCUGUUCUCGAUAAACUCUGCAACGGACCAGAAAGCUUCUCUCCUGAUUGUAAAUGGGUUCUGGGCGAGGCUUCAGAAGUGGACAACUACUUUGUCGCCACUGGAAUGAAGUCGUUGGGAAUAGCUUCGGCUGGAGGCGUGGCUAAACAUUUAUCUGAAUGGAUAGUAACGGGCAAACCGCCGUACCCACUCAACGAACUGAACGUCCAGCGAUUCGUGCCACUACACAACAACCGUCAAUUUCUGCUGGAGCGAAUGCGGGAGGUGCCUGGUGUCCACUAUCAAUUGCCUUAUCCAUUCAGCGAAUUCCGCACUGGCCGCCGCUUACGCGUUUCCCCGGUUUUCCCUCGCCUUAAAGCAGCCGGCGCCGUGUUCGGCCAAACGAUGGGCUACGAACGACCCGCUUACUACGAGCCCAAACCUUACCAGGAUUCCGACAUCGAGGAUCUGACUAGCCGUUCGACUGGGGGCACUAGUCAAAACGUUGAAGCUCCGUUUCGUGUGGCCUACACCAAUACGUUCAUGAAACCGCACUGGUUCGAAAGUGUGCGAAACGAAUAUCGCGCCUGUCGCGAGUCAGUUGCCAUCGCUGACUACUCUUCAUUCACCAAGCUGGAUUUGACAUCACCUGGUUCGGAGGUUGUUGAUUUCCUGCAAUAUGUGUGCUCCAACGACGUGGACGUCCCAAUUGGCGCAAUUCUCCACACGGGAAUGCACAAUGAAAACGGUGGAUAUGAAAGUGAUUGCUCCUUGGCAAGACUCUCGGAUAACCAUUACAUGAUGAUUGCACCCAUCAUUCAGCAGACGCGGUGUCAAGCUUGGCUUCGGCGUCAGCAACAGAAAUUCGCCGGUGGAAAUAAUGCCAGCGUCAACAUUUCGGACGUCACUUCGUUGUACACAGCUCUCUGCGUCAUGGGUCCACUUUCACGGGCCGUUCUGUCGGAGUUAACCGAGGCCGAUUUGAGUCCCAAGUCAUUUCCGUUUUUCACCGUCAAAGAAAUGGACAUGGGCUCGGCAUCGGGCAUCCGGGCCAUGAACUUGACACACACUGGUGAAAUGGGAUGGGUCCUCUACAUUCCCAAUGAGGCAGCCCUGCACGUUUACGAUAAAAUUAUGGAACACGGGCGCAAGUACGCCAUUCAUCACGCAGGAUACCUGGCCACUCGUAGUCUCCGGGUGGAGAGGUUCUAUGCCUAUUGGGGUCAGGAUAUCGAUGCAUCAACGACACCGCUCGAGUGUGGACGUGGCUUUCGCGUCAAACUAAACAGCGACAUCAAUUUCAUCGGCCGUGAGGCUUUGCUCAAACAGAAAAAAGAAGGUGUUCAACGUAUGUAUGUCCAGUUCCAACUUGACGACCACGAUCCAGAAAUUGAUCCCUGGCCAUGGGGCAGUGAACCUAUUUACCGCAACGGAGAAUUCGCUGGCAUGGUUACCACGGCAGGAUUUGGUUUUACCCUCAAUCGACAGGUAUGUCUGGGUUAUGUCCAAAACUACGACGUUACCGGGACAGUCCACCGUCUAACUCCCGAUUACGUGACCAGCGGUCAAUAUGAAGUCGACAUCGCCGGAUUGCGCUACAACGCCAGAGUCUCACUACGUUCACCAACGUUGCCAACCAAGUUCCGCGAAACUUACGGAGAUCACUAUGUGGCAACUCGUCAUGGAGGUGGGGCUUGAAUAGUCAACGUAUUGUAUAAUCGCUUGAGAACGAAUUCAGUUGUUGUAGUCUUAGUCUGAAAUAAUUCAGAGUAAAUUGUGUUAAAAUUACCAUCACCUCUAGCGUGUAUAAUUUUCAAACUUGCGAUCCACCCCAGCUGAUAAUACACAUUUAUCUGUCAGCCAA